GUGACUUGUUCAGUUGUUGUGAUCAGUUUUGAUCACCGAGUAUUUCUGAACUUGGCUUCGUAUCGAGGUGGAGUUCAGCGACCUCACACGGUCAUGGACGCCACGCUGGGAUCUGUAGCCGUGGCCUUGACGGUUGUUCUCAUUUCAGUCGUCUUCCGCUAUUUUGAAGUCAUUCGCAGGAAAUUGGAUGACUUUCUCUUGAAGGUGGAUGAGAAAUCCGAACGUCAUGGAGGUGAAUUGGUUGGUGAAGUCUUGAAGGCACAUGGUGUCAAGUUUGUCUACACGCUGUGUGGCGGGCACAUCUCUCCAAUCCUGGUCGCCUGCGAGAAGCUUGGAAUCCGUGUCGUGGAUACACGCAUAGAGGCGACGGCAGCGUUUGCGGCCGACGCCACUGCGCGUGUCAGCGGCACCAUCGGAGUGUGCGCGGUGACUGCCGGCCCUGGCCUGACCAACACCGUGACCGCCGUCAAGAAUGCGCAGAUGGCGGAGAGUCCGCUGCUGUUGCUCGGCGGUGCCGGUGCCUCUCUGACACAGGGCCGUGGAGCUCUUCAGGACAUCGAUCAGAUGGUGCUGUUCAAGCCGCUGUGCAAGUUCUGUGCGCGCGUCACUCGUGUUCGUGAGAUUCCAAGGAUCCUGCGCCAGGCUAUCUGCGCUGCCCAGUCCGGCACCCCAGGUCCUGUGUUUGUGGAGUUUCCGCUUGACACGCUCUACUACUACUCCAUUGUUCGCCGAGAGGCUGGCGUAUCGGACAAGGCCAAAAACCUGAUGCAAAUGGUUGCGAACAAGUAUAUCAUUCAUCACGUCAACAGCGUGUUUGCUGGUGCCUUUGACAAGCACUGUGUGGAUCCAAUACCGGUCGAGAGGCCCUUUGCCACCGCCAGCGAAGUGAACAAGGCUGUAGCACUAGUUGGUAAGGCAAAGAAGCCCGUCAUCGUACUCGGCAGUCAAAGCACACUACCACCCACUGAUCCAGCGGCCCUGGCCAACGCCCUUACGUCCAUGGGCAUCCCAUGCUUUCUGGGUGGUAUGUCCCGUGGCCUGCUGGGCAGGAACUCGCCAAUUCACAUCAGACAAAGACGCCGUGAUGCACUGAAGGAGGCUGACGUUGUUAUUCUAGCUGGUACUGUGUGUGACUUCCGUCUCUCUUACGGACGUGUGCUGAGUGGCAGAUCCAAGAUCAUCUCCGUCAACAGGAGUAGAGAGCAGAUGUUGAAGAACACCGACAUGUUUUGGAAGCCUGCCCUGGCCGUGAAUGCGGAUCCUGCCAGUUUCCUCGUCAGCCUGUAUGAGAUGCUGGGGACAUCUUAUCAUUGCGAUCCGGAAUGGCCAAGGGAGCUGAAGGCACGCGACCAAGAGAAAGAGGAUCUAAAUGUCAAGAAAGCAGCGAAGAUGACGGAUAAGCACUUGAAUCCACUGAAGGUGCUGAUGGAGCUGGAGGAGGUGAUGAGUGAAGAUGCUAUCAUGGUCGCCGAUGGUGGUGACUUUGUAGGCUCUGCAGCAUACAUUGUCAGACCACGUGGCCCACUGCGCUGGCUGGACCCCGGUGCAUUCGGAACUCUCGGCGUCGGUGCCGGCUUUGCCCUGGGUGUGAAGCUGUGCAACCCGGAUACGGAUGUGUGGACCAUCUUUGGUGAUGGUGCACUGGGCUACAGCUUGAUUGAGCUGGACACGUUUGUGCGUCACAAGGUGCCCAUCGCAGCAGUGGUCGGUAAUGACGGUGCCUGGACACAGAUCAUGAGGGAACAGGAGCCCAUGUUCAAGAGCAAUGUCGGCUGUCAGCUUACGCACAACGCGUAUGAGCAACUGGCUGAUGGUUUCGGUGCACAAGGUCUGCUCCUGGAUCGCUCCUGUAACGAUACAAUAACACUUGUACUGAAGUCGGCGCAGAAGGCAAUGCGCUCCGGCAAGCCUGCCUUGGUCAAUGUGCUCAUCGGACGCACCGACUUCCGCGAUGGCUCCAUAUCUGUGUAAGCGCUCGCAGAACCUGUGACAGUGAUGAAACGACUCAUGACGUUGCUGUGGAUUGUUUGCACUCGUUCACACUCAUACUGUGGUCUGGGACACUUUUUUUGUUUUUUUCUGUCCUUCCUGAUUUCACCUCACUUCUAUUACUUCAGUUGUUGUACUUGCUGUCAAAUGUCUGAUGUGAGGAGCUGCACAUAAGCGGGCUUAGUGCUCGCUCUCACUAGAAUUAUUUUUGUUUUACUUUUUUUGCAGAGAUGAUAUCACAUUCCUUAGCUGAGCUCGGUCCCUUUUGUCUUCUUCCGUACUUUUUUUACUCGUUCAUUUAUAUGACGUCGGUACCUCUAAGUACCCUGGCUUUCCACAUUUGAAUUUACAGGAAAUUUAUGCUAACAAAUUCUGUGCUUGAAGCACACAAAUUCACCGUAUUUGCUGAAGAACAUUUAUGAUGCAA